GCAAAGCAGUAGUAGUUAAAACAGUUCCUGUCCCCAAAACAAAAGUUGUGACUACCAAGAAGACUGAAUCCAGUUCUGACAGUGACUCAGAUUCUAGCUCUGAAGAUGAUAAGAAGGUAGGGAGUAAGCUCCCAGCUAAACAACCUGUGAUGAAGAAUGCUUCCAAACCAGCAAAAGCAGCUGUCAAGCCUGGACAAGCAAAGAAAGACUCCACUUCCUCCUCAGACAGCUCAGAUUCUGAUAGCUCUGACAAGAAGGCCCCUGUGAAGCCCACAACUAAAGCAGCAACCCCCGCAACAAAGAAGUCACAAGCUGCCACAAAGAAAGCACAAAGUAGCUCUGAUUCAGAUAGCAGCUCCAGCAGCUCUGAGGAUGAGAAGAAGAAGGUCACUCCAGCUAAAUUAGCUGGCAAAGUGUGUAAGCCAUCGUCCAAACCUUCUACCCCAGCUCCCAAAGAAAGCACUUCUGACUCUGAUAGCUCAAGCAGUGAAGAAGAAAAGAAGCCAGCAGUGAAACCAGCCGGUAAAUCUACAGGGGCAGCAAAAGCAACUGUGGGGAAGAAGGUGGCUGCUUCUAGCAGUAGCAGCAGCUCAUCCGAUAGUUCCAGCGAAGAGGAUGAGAAGCCUAAAAAGGCAGGGAGAGGGGCACAGAACGGUUCUAAGACCACUGCCUCCACAGAGAAAGCAAAAGCAUCCAAACCAGCAGCAAACAACGUGAAGUCUAAGCCAGCUGCUGGCAGCAGUAGCAGCAGUGAAGGCAGCUCUGAAGAGGAGACUGGAAAAGUCAAUGGAGGCACUAUCGGGAAGAAACAGAAGAGGGAAGAUGUUCAGGAGACAGAGACACCGCAGAGUAAAAAGGCAAAGGUCAAAGCCAAAACACCACACACAGUUCCCAAGGUGAAACAGCCAGGCUCUCCAUUCCGCCGAGUAAGGGAAGAAGAGAUUGAGCUGGACGCUCGUGUUGCUGAUAACUCAUUUGAAGCAAAG